GCACGAAUUCGGUCCGUUUUUCAUGAAUGCAUCUCGCGCUCCGAUUGGUUCGCUCGCUAACUAACCUUACUCUAACCCUACUUCGUGCUGUGUCGGUUCGAUGGGUACACUAUUGUUAUGGACGGUGCUGUAAGAGCUUUCGGCGAAUAAUCAUUGUUUUGCACGAUUUAAAUAAUCGUUCGUCUGUAAAAAGUAGAUAGAAUCCAGUGAGAAGAUGCACAGUUUACGUGCUGCUGCACGAUUAGCAGCUUGCUGCCAGAAGUUAAACCUUACUCAUCACGUGUCCCAAAGAUACAUCAAAAGAUAUGUUCGACCGACUUUAAUUGAGCUUACAAAGCGAAAGUGGGCUCAAGGGAAACAAGUGCCAAAUCCAAGAAGCAAGUUUCUCGAUUGGAAUAGAGAUGCUGAAAUUUAUGCAUUCAACAAUAGGCUUUCAGAACAGUUUGACACCGAUUUGCUCGAACAAGCAUUUAUACACAGAUCUUACGUCAUAAGAGAGGAAGAAGAUCAGAAGAAAGUCGGCAUCGAAGAUCCUCAAUUGGAUCUAACUGACAAUCGCGAGAUGAUUGAUGAAGGAAGAGAAAUAGUUUCUCUAGUAAUCGAUAAUUAUUUGAGUCAGUCGUUACCUCUAGCACCUCAAGAAUGUAUUUAUGCUUUCAAGCAAUACCUGCUUUCAACUCCGGUUCUAGCGAACACAGCAUCCGGUAUAGGAGCAAAAGACUUGAUUUUGUCAGCAGAUUCUCCCUUGGAAGAGGAAACAAUUGCCAACACAUUCUACGCUUUGACGUCGGCGCUAAAUCGCAGCGUCGAUUUGGAGCACACAGGUCUGUUUGUACGAGACAUACUCAUUGCACAAUUGGUUGCGAAGGAUCUGAUGGAAAUCUGGUGUCCAGAGGAACCAGUUGAAAUCCUAAACGACAUACUCGACCGAGAGCACAGGGAACUUGCAGAACCAAGAAUAAUAGCUCAGAAUGGUGUCAACACACUGUUACCUGUGUACAACAUUGCGGUCUACUCCAAUCAAGAGUUUCUGGGCUCAGGCUUUGGCGAAACGAUCGAGGAAGCCGAAAAAAUGGCUGCAAUCAAUGCCCUGCAGAGGAUGUUUGGACUGCUGGAUCACAGCAAGCCGAUAAGGUGCAACUUGAAGAUAAACGAGACCGAGCCGAGCAAUUUACCGCUCGAAGAGUGGAGCAGGAGUAACGCUUAGUGUCUAAUAUUUUUAUGAAAUAAAACUCGAUAUUGUUGUUACGAAACGAA